CAGCAGCAGCAGGAGAAGAUACUGAGGAUGCGGACCAUGGGAUGGGCGCGCGGCUGGUGCCUGGGCUGCUGUCUCCUCUUGCCGCUAUCGCUCAGCCUGGCGGCCGCCAAGCAACUCCUCCGGUACCGACUGGCCGAGGAGGGCCCAGCAGACGUCCGCAUCGGCAACGUCGCCUCGGACUUAGGCAUCGUGACCGGCUCGGGUGAGGUGACUUUCAGCCUUGAGUCGGGCUCCGAGUACCUGAAGAUCGACAACCUCACGGGCGAGCUGAGCACGAGCGAGCGGCGCAUCGACCGCGAGAAGCUGCCCCAGUGUCAGAUGAUCUUCGACGAGAACGAGUGCUUCCUGGACUUCGAGGUGUCGGUGAUCGGGCCCUCGCAGAGCUGGGUGGAUCUGUUCGAGGGUCGGGUCAUCGUGCUCGACAUCAACGACAACACGCCCACCUUCCCGUCGCCGGUGCUUACGCUCACGGUGGAGGAGAACCGGCCGGUGGGCACUCUGUACCUGCUGCCCACCGCCACAGACCGUGACUUUGGCCGCAACGGCAUCGAGCGCUACGAGCUGCUCCAGGAGCCCGGGGGCGGCGGCGGCGGCGGCGGCGGCGAAGGNGGGAACGGCGCGAGCGGCGGCGGCCCCGGUGGCUCCAAGAGGCGGCUGGACGCGCCAGAGGGAGGCGGCGGGACCAACCCGGGCGGCCGCAGCAGCGUGUUCGAACUGCAGGUGGCCGACACCCCGGAUGGCGAGAAGCAGCCUCAGCUGAUCGUGAAGGGGGCUCUGGACCGCGAGCAGCGCGACUCCUACGAGCUGACCCUGCGGGUGCGCGACGGUGGCGACCCUCCUCGCUCCUCUCAGGCCAUCCUGCGGGUGCUCAUCACCGACGUGAACGACAACAGCCCACGCUUCGAGAAGAGCGUGUACGAGGCUGACCUGGCCGAGAACAGCGCCCCGGGGACCCCCAUCCUGCAGCUGCGUGCCGCCGACCUGGACGUGGGGGUCAACGGGCAGAUCGAGUACGUGUUCGGAGCGGCUACCGAGUCCGUGCGGCGGCUGCUGCGCCUCGACGAGACGUCCGGCUGGCUCAGUGUCCUGCACCGUAUCGACCGCGAGGAGGUGAACCAGCUGCGCUUCACCGUCAUGGCCCGCGACCGCGGGCAGCCCCCCAAGACCGACAAGGCCACGGUGGUCCUCAAUAUCAAGGACGAGAACGACAACGUGCCGUCCAUUGAAAUCCGCAAGAUCGGGCGUAUCCCACUCAAGGACGGGGUGGCCAACGUGGCCGAGGACGUUCUGGUCGACACUCCCAUCGCCCUGGUGCAAGUGUCCGACCGAGACCAAGGUGAGAACGGGGUGGUCACCUGCACAGUGGUGGGCGACGUGCCCUUCCAACUCAAGCCGGCCAGCGACACAGAGGGCGAUCAGAACAAGAAAAAGUACUUCCUGCACACCUCUGCCCCUCUGGACUAUGAGACCACCCGAGAGUUCAAUGUGGUCAUAGUGGCAGUGGACUCGGGCAGCCCCAGUCUCUCCAGUAACAACUCCCUGGUUGUUAAGGUGGGAGACACUAACGACAACCCUCCCGUCUUUGGCCAGUCGGUGGUGGAGGUUUACUUUCCCGAGAACAACGUUCCUGGCGAGAGGGUGGCCACCGUGCUGGCGACAGACGCUGACAGCGGGAAAAACGCCGAGAUCGCCUACUCGCUGGACUCCUCCGUGAUGGGGAUCUUUGCCAUUGAUCCCGAUUCUGGAGACAUCCUCGUCAAUACGGUGCUGGACCGCGAGCAGACUGACAGGUAUGAGUUUAAAGUUAACGCCAAAGACAAAGGCAUCCCCGUGCUGCAGGGCAGCACCACGGUGAUUGUGCAGGUGGCUGACAAGAAUGACAAUGACCCUAAGUUUAUGCAGGACGUCUUUACCUUUUAUGUGAAAGAAAACUUGCAGCCCAACAGCCCGGUGGGGAUGGUCACAGUGAUGGAUGCUGACAAGGGGCGCAAUGCGGAGAUGAGCUUGUACAUAGAGGAGAACAGUAACAUUUUUUCUAUUGAAAAUGACACGGGGACCAUUUACUCCACAAUGUCUUUUGACCGGGAACAUCAGACCACAUAUACAUUCAGAGUCAAGGCUGUGGACGGGGGAGAUCCUCCCAGAUCUGCCACAGCCACAGUCUCUCUCUUUGUGAUGGAUGAGAAUGACAAUGCUCCCACGGUUACCCUUCCCAGAAACAUUUCCUACACUUUACUGCCACCUUCAAGUAAUGUCAGGACAGUAGUAGCUACAGUGUUGGCAACAGACAGUGAUGAUGGCAUCAAUGCAGACCUUAACUACAGCAUUGUGGGAGGGAAUCCCUUCAAGCUGUUUGAGAUUGAUUCCACCAGUGGUGUGGUUUCCUUAGUGGGAAAACUCACCCAAAAGCAUUAUGGCUUGCACAGGUUGGUGGUGCAAGUGAAUGACAGUGGGCAGCCUUCCCAGUCCACCACGACGCUGGUGCAUGUGUUUGUCAAUGAAAGUGUCUCUAAUGCAACUGUGAUUGACUCUCAGAUAGCUAGAAGUUUGCACACCCCACUCACCCAGGAUAUAGCUGGUGACCCAAGCUAUGAAAUUAGCAAACAGAGACUCAGUAUUGUCAUUGGGGUUGUUGCUGGAAUUAUGACAGUGAUUUUAAUCAUCUUAAUUGUGAUGAUGGCAAGGUACUGCCGGUCCAAAAAUAAAAAUGGCUAUGAAGCUGGAAAAAAAGAUCACGAAGACUUUUUUACACCCCAACAGCAUGACAAAUCUAAAAAGCCUAAAAAGGACAAGAAAAACAAAAAAUCUAAGCAGCCCCUCUACAGCAGCAUUGUCACUGUAGAAGCUUCUAAACCAAAUGGACAGAGGUAUGAUAGUGUCAAUGAGAAGCUGUCAGACAGCCCGAGCAUGGGGCGAUACCGUUCGGUUAAUGGUGGGCCUGGCAGUCCUGACCUGGCAAGGCAUUACAAAUCUAGUUCCCCAUUGCCUACGGUCCAGCUUCAUCCCCAAUCACCAACUGCAGGAAAAAAACACCAGGCCGUACAAGAUCUACCACCAGCCAACACAUUUGUGGGAGCAGGAGACAACAUUUCAAUUGGAUCAGAUCACUGCUCUGAGUACAGCUGUCAAACCAAUAACAAGUACAGCAAACAGCCAUUUCGUAGAGUGACGUUUUCUGUUGUGAGUCAGCCUCAGGACCCACAUCAGGGGUCACUGCAGAGUUGCUAUGACAGCGGGCUGGAGGAGUCAGAAACACCAAGCAGUAAGAGUUCAUCAGGGCCAAGACUGGGUGCCCUUCCACUCCCAGAGGACAACUAUGAAAGGACCACGCCGGAUGGCAGUGUUGAUUCAAGACCUCUUCCAGAUGUAGCUCUGACUGGGAAGUGCACCCGUGAGUGUGAUGAAUAUGGCCACUCAGACUCCUGUUGGAUGCCAGUCCGCACUUCUCCAGAGAGGAAGAAGAGCCAGCCUAAACUCUCCACUUUCAUGCCUGUUGAUGAACGAGGAAGCCAGGAAAAGCUGGCCAAUGGCGAGGCAGCCAUCAUGGGUGACCGCAACAGAAACCUCCUGAACAAAAAGUUGACCUCAUCCUAUGAGACCUUCAGUGCAGCUAGUUUCAGCAAAAACGAGGAAGCCAACCCUGAGGAUAUUCCCCUGACAAAAACAGGGGAAUACAAGCCAUCUCCUGUCAAUACUCUCACUAGAAGAGAAGUUUACCUGUAGUAUAGCCUAUAAAGGAGCAACAGCAAAGUUCUUUUCAUGUAUGAGAAGGAGAAUAAGGGGCAAAAACCUUACAAAACAAAACCGUUUAAUCAAAAAGAGGGGGCUACCAAAGAGACAAAGCGUUGCCUGCCACUUCUGCCUCCAGAUCAGGCCUUUAGUGAUACUGUUAGCCUGAUUGUAAUGUACAAUGUAGAAACCAUCCUUGUUACUUGCAUGUCUAACUCCCUCACUGACCCCCAACACUCCCUCUCUCUCUUCCCCACCCCCGCCAAAACAACAAAAAAAAGAUGGUCGCAAGUUUCUCUCAUGGUAACAAGCCUGAUGAGCAGAACACAACACACUCUCAUUACCCUCAGGCUGAAGCAUGAUUUUAGUCACUGAUUUAGUUUGAAUGUCAUCCGGCUGGUCAAAAAAAAAGCAGAUCAGGUAAAAUACAUUUCAGACAUAUUGUCAGAAUGUGAUUAAUCACCAUGAAAGGCAAUCCCUCAAAAAUGAUAGAGUCUCUCUAAAGGUACAGUCUUUAUGAAGGAGGACUCUAUAAGAAACAUUUUGGGAAGAUCACAGCUUUAAUAUUCUGACAAAGACUGAGCUAAACAAUACCCAGUUGGAGAUUGCAGUCCCAAAUUGGCUUAUGUUAUUCUUUUCAAGUCAGAACAUCCACUUCAAUGCUAUACAUUCAUUGAAUAUUCUUAGUAUACACUCAAUCUUGACCACGUGUAUCAAUUACACUAGUUAUAACUUGUAAAAAUUAUAUAUAGUUUUCAGAACAGCACCACUACUGUCAACUAACUGAAACAAUUGUGUCAUUAGAAGGCCAAAGAUCCUAUGGCAGAUCAGGGAAAUUAUGAAGUAGAUUUGGUCUUGAUGUGAUCCAUUAAGCAACAAAAGCAACUGACCACAUGCACGCACAGAAACACUCAAAUGCUAGUUUAUUUUACAUUGUCUCUAUACUCAGAAAAUAUCCGUUUUCUUUUAAAAUGGAUUUUCUUUGAAAGCUCAGAAAAUGAAAAACUAAUGAGACAUAUUUUUGAUGUUAUAAUAGGGCAAUUAGUUGAGGUUCAAGUUUAGUUUCAAAAAAUAUUUCCAGGGAAGAUUCCACUUUUUGAAUCAUAUUUGUGGGUAGGUAGGGAAAAAAAGAUACAAUGGCAUACAAUCUUAUAAGUUAAGUCCACUAUUUUCACUUUAGAAAUCCAGGUUAUGCUUCCUGGUCUUAUUACCUGCAUUUCAAAUUACCAAUUGCAUUUUUUACACGUUCAAUGCACACUUUCAUGUAACACAAGUGCAUUAAUUUUGAGUCCUGUGCACUAUAGCACUAUUUCAAGACUCACAAUAUUGAAACAAGGCAACAGCCUAGUUGACUUUGUUGCUAAUGUGAUUUGAAUAUUAUUUACUAUAUGUCUUAAAACAAAUCCAGACUGAACAUGAAAGAAAUGCGUUCUGGGCAGUGACAUAUGUACAUCUCGUAAUAUGUACAUCUCAAAGUUGGAAAAUAUGCAGUUUUUUUAGUUUAAUAAAAAGAAACAGAAUAUACAGGCUUCGAGUCACUUCUUCUAUAGAGGAUGAUUUAAUACAAUUGGAAAUUGUGCUGGGACAUUCAGACAAGGGUGACAAUCCAGGGACAGAAUAGGGGAGAACAGGUGAAGAGAGCAAACGUUCCCGUCACUGAAUGUUUGUAACCUGAUUAAGGCAUAGCCUUGAUGGUUCCAUAGCAAACUGUAGAAACAAUGUAGCUUUGGGUAGUUUCAUGCUUUGCAGAAUUUCUUAGACGAUAAGGUGAAGCAGCCUGGAAUAUAGGUUGUUAAUUCACUAUAGGUCAGCAAAAUGCUUGCCUUUGAAAACCACUUCUCUGUUUGGUGGGGUACUCUUUUGGGGUCAUUUCCUUAGGCUCUUUCUUAAGUGGAGUUUUCAUUUUGAUGUUAGUUUGUGUAUAAUAGUUAGGAUGAGAGAAGAUAUGUAAUUGAAACAAAAACAUUGGACUAAAAUAUCAAUAAUUGAACAUGUUUAUGUUUGAUUAUUAUUUACAUUAUGGAAAGAUGCAAUUCUAGUACUUUGUUAGGAAACUGCAUUAAAGCAGUUCUGCCUUGUAUAAUCUGUAAGUACCUAUUAAGACAAAAUACUUCUAAAGAUACUUAUGAAAUGUAUACAUAUUUUUUCUUGCACGUUACAAAGGAAAUAUUCAAUUGCAUAACACAGGUGUUCAACAAACUUUUUUUAAUGCAUUUUUUUCUUUCUUUCAUAAGACAUUUGAACCCAUUAGAUAGCUCAUUUCACUCUAUCUUAAAACCCUUCUGUUGUCUGUAAAGCUAAUACGGGUCACACUGGACCUUCAGAUUAAUUGGAUCCUCAUUCCCCAGGAUGUUUGCACCACAUUCAAGGUAGCCACGUCAUUAUCACUUAACUUGUGAACCUCUCUUUAGAAUUAAAAUGGGUGUGAAAGGAUAAAAUUCAGUGUACUGUAAGUAUUCGCAGUAAUUCUGGUAGAAUUAGCUAUCAUAACAUGUUUAUUAUAUAACGAGCUGGCAUGACACAGAAAUAUAUUUUGUGUUUGUAUGACUUUUAUUUUGAAUAGGUUGAAUCUGGUGCCACUCCAUAGAUAGAGUGCUUUUGAAAAAAAUCCAUAAAAAGAAACAAAAAAAUAAAUACAUGAGUGAAUGCAAAAUAAGCAACUGUGCCUUUUAUACCUGUUGUUAUGGUAAAAAAACGGUUGUUGGGUUUGGACAAUGAGGGGAAAUGGGCUAUUCCCAACUUUUUUGAUCCUGUAUAUUUAUCCAUGUUUAUUUUCUGAAAAUAAUAAAUAAUAUAUUAAAAAUUUGCCUUCUGACAAACUCAGAUAAUGGACCAGUCUUAAAUAUCAUUCAUUCAUGAAACAAAAUCAAGGCAUUAAUAUGGGCUGCUUAAUUCUGAUUAGAAGGCUAAAGCAUUUAUAAUAGUAAUAGUAACACACAGAGAUAUUAUCGGGGUGAGUUCAGUCCAUUUUGCAAGGUAAAACAUUGAUUUAGAAUUUCUAUUCUUUACUUCUUUUCUAUUAUUUUUCUUUUGGCUGCUGUUUCAUUUUGGUUGUACAGUAUAUAAACCAUACUUGUUUUCUGUACACAAGAAUCUCAAGUGAACUUUGCAUGCAUUAUACAUUAGGACACAUUUAUAAAUUAAUGAGUAAGUAUAUAAAUUUAUGUGUAUUAAAAUGUCUGUAGCUUCAGUCUAAAAUCUAAUGCUCAUUCUGAACCUCCAGAUAUCAUUUCUGUAUGGUUUCUGACUGGCCUGCUGCCUGAGUUUCAGAAAACAAGGGAGGCAUUAUUUUUAUGGAAAGAGAAACUAAGAUGGUACUGAAGAUGUCUGGCUGAAAGGCUACCCUAGGAAGCUGUCUUAUAGGAAAAUAAAAUAAAACACACAGAUCAGAAGCAACUGCCAAGAAUCAAAGAGCCAUCGUAAAACGUGCAUGAGAAAUCUGAAGACCUAAGUAGUUUUAGAUGCUUAUUUUAUCAGUGAUAAAUAUACAAAUGUUUCCUUAAGGAAAAAAAAAA